GGUAGGAACAUCGUGGUAUUCUAUGGCUCUCAGACAGGCACGGGCGAGGAGUUUGCCAACCGGCUGUCCAAAGACGCCCAGCGUUAUGGCAUGAAGGGUAUGGCUGCCGACCCCGAGGAAUACGACAUGGUAAUAACUAACUAAUUACAUUCCUAUAUUGGUUCAAAGGAACAACCUUAGGACAUUUUCACAUAUGAAAUUCGGUACCCCGGUUCCGUUUUUCAGGAUCAUAUGAGAAUUUUACAAAAUAGGUUUUGCUUUCACAAGACCUGAAAAUAAUUGUUUGGGAGCGAUUUGCAUUCUACAUGAUGUUAGCAAGCUAGCUUGUUUACAAUGGGCAAAAAGUACCAUGCAACCCGUGCUGCCGCGUCACAAUACCUGGUACUCUUGUCCUGGGUCUUGGACCCGCUACUCACACAGGUCCAGGAUUCGCUUCAGUCAGGGUUUGUUUGCGUUUCACACAGGCUUUAUAGCAUGGAUCAGGGUACCAAAAGCGGCAAGAUCUGAAUCAUACAGGGAAUAUGUGAAAGCACCCUUAGUAUAAUAACGCUUCUAAUAACCCAUUUAUGACAACCCUAUGUAGCUCAAUUGGUAGAGCAUGGCGCUUGUAACGCCAGGGUAGUGGGUUCGAUCCCCGGGACCACCCAUACAUAAAAAUGUAUGCACACAUGACUGUAAGUCGCUUUGGAUAAAAGCGUCCGCUAAAUGGCAUAUUAUUAUAUUAUAAUGAGUCUUCUCUACUGCAGCCCCGUCAGCUCCAAUAAGGAUUCAUUCCUGCAUAGCUCAAAGGUGGCUCAACUGUACCCCUCCUAACAAUAUUAGUCUCUUGAGCCAAGGACCUGUUCCGUAAAAUGUAAAAGCUAAUAGUGCCCUGAAUGGCAUACAGCACAUGUAAUAGCAAAUCUCUAAUGUCCAGGCGUAUUCUAAUCCACAGUCUGAGCUGUCCCGUCUGGCUGAAAUGGACAACUCCCUGGCCAUCUUCUGCAUGGCCACUUACGGAGAAGGAGACCCCACAGACAACGCCCAGGACUUCUAUGACUGGCUGCAGGAGACCGACGGGAAACUGGAUGGAGUCAACUACACCGUGAGUAUCUCUUUCCCUCUCUCACUCUCGGUCUCUCUCUCUCUCCUCCCCCCCAUCAUUCAUAAUCAGGACCAGGAGUUUGCCCAAGAAAAACUCCUGUUGUCACCAUUAACAUACAUUUGCCAAUCGUUCACUUCAAAUGUGUAUUUCACAUGGAUGAACUUUAGUGUGAGACCGAGAUGAGUAAUGCCAACAUGUAAAAAAUGUGCUUUAUGUGUAUGGUUGAGUUCUGGCUUCGGCCAUAGAUGACAUGCGUGCCAUCCUGGCUGGUUGGGCAUUGUCGGGGUUGGUCCAACGGUCCUGCCCUCAAUGGGGUGAAGAAUUUAACUUGUGACUGGAGGCAAUCUGGCCGGGCUCUCUGAAUGGUCACUUGGGCUCCUUCCACUCCCUGCCAGUGUCUUUCUGUCCUAGACUUGAAAGACAGCAUUAAUUACACUGAAUGAAAGAUGAAUAACGUUCAGUGUACUCGCAGCAGGAGCUUGCGUUCAGUGUGUGUGAAUGUCUCUGUGUGCGUUUCACAAUUCCUGACAUUUAAUCCUAGUAAAAAUUCCCUGUCUUAGGUCAGUUAGGAUCACCACUUUAUUUUAAGAAUGUGAAAUGUCAGAAUAAUAGUAGAGAGUGAUUUUAUUUCAGCUUUAUUUCUUUCAUCACAUUCCCAGUGGGUCAGAAGUUUACAUACACUCAAUUAGUAUUUGGGAGCAUUGCCUUUAAAUUGUUUAACUUGGGUCAAACGGUUCGGGUAGCCUUCCACAAGCUUCCCACAAUAAGUUGGGUGAACUUUGGCCCAUUCCUCCUGACAGAGCUGGUGUAACUGAGUCAGGUUUGUAGGCCUCCUUGCUCGCACACGCUUUUUCAGUUCUGCCCACACAUUUUCUAUAGGCUUGAGGUCAGGCCUUUGUGAUGGCCACUCCAAUACCUUGACUUUGUUGUCCUUAAGCCAUUUUAACACACCUUUGGAAGUGUGCUUGGGGUCAUUGUCCAUUUGGAAGACCCAUUUGCGACCAAACUUUAACUUCCUGGGAAUCAAAAGAAAUCAGCCAAGACCUCAGAAAAAAAAUUGUAGACCUCCACAGGUCUGGUUCAUCCUUGGGAGCAAUUUUCAAACGCCUGAAGGUACCACGUUCAUCUGUACAAACAAUAGUACGCAAGUACAAACACCAUGGGACCACGCAGCUGUCAUACCGCUCAGGAAGGAGACGCGUUCUGUCUCCUAGAGAUUAACGUUCUUUGGUGCGAAAAUUGCAAAUCAAUCCCAGAAGAACAGCAAAGGACCUUGUGAAGAUGCUGGAAGAAACAGGUACAAAAGUAUCUAUAUCCACAGUAAAACAAGUCCUAUAUCGACAUAACCUGAAAGGCCGCUCAGCAAGGAAGAAGCCACUGCUCCAAAACCGCCAUAAAAAAGCCAGACUAUGGUUUGCAACUGCACAUGGGGACAAAGAUCGUACUUUUUGGAGAAAUGUCCUUUGGUCUGAUGAAACAAAACUAGAACUGUUUGGCCAUAAUGACCAUCGUUAUGUUUGGAGGAAAAAGGGGGUAGCUUGCAAGCCGAAGAACACCAUCCCAACCGUGAAGCACUGGGGUGGCAGCAUCAUGCUGUGGGGGUGCUUUGCUGCAUGAGGGACUGGUGCACUUCACAAAAUAGAUGGCAUCAUGAGGAAGGAAAAUUAGGUGGAUAUAUUGAAGCAACAUCUCAAGAGAUCAGUCAGGAAGUUAAAGCUUGGUCGCAAAUGGGUCUUCCAAAUGGACAAUGACCCCAAGCAUACUUCCAAAGUUGUGGCAAAAUGGCUUAAGGACAACAAAGUCAAGGUAUUGAAUGGCCAUCACAAAGCCCUGACCUCAAUCCUAUAGAACAUUUGUGGGCAGAACUGAAAAAGCGUGUGCGAGCAAGGAGGCCUACAAACCUGACUCAGUUACACCAGCUCUGUCAGGAGGAAUGGGCCAAAAUUCACCCAACUUAUUGUGGGAAGCUUGUGGAAGGCUACCCGAAAUGGUUGACCCAAGUUAAACAAUUUAAAGACAACGCUACCAAAUACUAAUUGAGUGUAUGUAAACUUCUGACCCACUGGGAAUGUGAUGAAAGAAAUAAAAUAUGAAAUAAAUCAUUCUCUCUGCUAUUAUUCUGACAUUUCACAUUCUUAAAAUAAAGUGGUGAUCCUAACUGACCUAAGAGGGAAUUUUUACUAGGAUUAAAUGUCAGGAAUUGUGAAAAACUGAGUUUAGAUGUAUUUGGCUAAGGUGUAUGUAAACUUCCGACUUCAACUGUAUAUAUUAUACGAAGUUAUAUUGAAUAUGUUGAACGUUAGUUGUUUUUUUUUUAACUGUAAGGGACUGAUGUUGACAUGUCUCUCCCUGCAGGUGUUUGCGUUGGGUAACAAGACAUAUGAACACUACAAUGCCAUGGGGGUGUACGUGGACAAGAGGCUGGAGGAGCUGGGAGCCAAGAGGGUCUUCGACCUGGGCAUGGGAGACGACGACGGCAAGUGAGUGAGGCUGCGUUGGAGGGGGUGCGUCCCAACAAGGUCUCCUUUCUCCUGAAGAGUGCACUAGUUUAUUACUUCCCAGAAAUCUAAAGCCAUUGGAUUGGUGGAGGCAUGAGCAAAUGGGAGUUUCCACCAUAUUUCUUAUACCAGUCAUUUCCUUUCAAAUCCGUGUUGGGAAGUGAGCGAGUAUACACUCUGGGAGGAAGGAGAGAUAAUUGGGACACAACCUUGGAUCACUCCCGACUCAAAGUGUGACCGGUGUUUUCAGACCCCUGAUGUAGAGAUCAAAAUGAUGGCCGAAGGAUGGAAAUGGGGGUUGAUAAGAGGGUUUUUUUCUACUUCUUUUCAUCGUUCAGCCUGGAGGAGGACUUUGUGACAUGGAGGGAGCAGUUCUGGCCAGCCAUGUGCGAGCACUUUGGAGUGGAGGCUUCAGGAGAGGACUCCAGGUACUUAGCCCAAUUUAUUGUCUUCAUCACAUUCUCAUUUUCCCUCCUCAAAUCACAGACACAAAGAUUUAACUGUAGGCCCUCUCGCUCUACAUUAGCAUUCGUCAGUACGAGCUCAAGGAGCACAAUGACAUCAACAUGAACAAGGUGUACACAGGAGAGUUGGGGCGUCUGAAGAGCUUUGAGACCCAGAAACCGUGAGUUAUUCUACCCCAUCCUCUUCACUUAUCAUGACAAUAUCUGCUACAUAGUUUCAUUCAUGUUUUAUAGAUUUCUCACUCAAAACAAGUAUUACGGCCCCCUAGUGGAGCUAAAGGGGAUUUCCUAGCUGGAAUGCUAAAGCGCAACACUGCUUCAUCAGUCGAUGUUCACCUCUAUGAUUUACCUCAUGUUGUCUCUGCAUACUGAUGUGCAUAGUUCACUGGUUUUAAAUUCUAUUGAUCCUUUUCCCCCCAGUCCUUUUGAUGCAAAAAACCCCUUCCUGGCUCCAGUCACUGUUAACCGCAAGCUCAACAAAGCAGGCGACAGGCAUCUCAUGCACCUUGAAGUGGACAUUACAGGCUCCAAGAUUAGGUAAGAGAGAGAGCCAAGAGAGCCGUAACUUUGUCUUUGUAUCGUUACCAACCUAUCUCUACCUCCCAGACAGUAUUUCCUUAAAAGGUAUAGGCUACACUUCUUGGAUGAAAUGGUGCCUUUCACAUAGUGGAAAGAUGACUUGAAAACCCUUUGUCAUUCUGUCUUUGUAGAUAUGAGUCGGGAGACCACGUUGCCGUCUAUCCCACCAAUGACACAGCGAUCGUGAACAAACUGGGACAGAUCCUUGGCGUGGACCUUGAUUUAGUUAUCUCUCUCAACAACCUUGAUGGUGCGGCACUGACCUGACGCAACACCUUGACUCAGAGUCCUCCAAAUAUCUCUCAAUGUCUUUUGAAGAUCCUUAAACAAACACAUUCUGUUUGGACAUCUCUUGAAAUGUUAUUCUCCCUGUAUGAACUUUUUUUGAAGCAGAGGGAGAAGGUUUUGUGUAAUCACCAACUGCGUUUUAUUACUCUAAAUCUUAGGGUCGGUUUCCCUUACCCAGAUUAAGCCUAGUCCUGGACUAAAAAUAAACUUCAUUGAGAAUACAAUUUAGUCCAAGAUUAGGCUUAAUCUGUGUCUGGGGAAACUGUCCCUUAAUGUAUAACCAAUGUUAAUGUGAUGUUAUCUGAUGUCGUUUAUCAGAGGAGUCCAAUAAGAAGCACCCGUUCCCUUGCCCCACCACCUACCGUACGGCUCUGACCCACUACCUGGACAUCAUCCACCCGCCUCGCACCAACGUCCUGUAUGAGCUGGCCCAGUACGCCACCGACCCCAAGGACCAGGAGAACAUGCGCAAGAUGGCCUCGUCUGCUCCCGAGGGCAAGGUGUGUGGCUGUGACACUAUUAACUUAUCUAUUUUCUCUACUCCUAUUCUAAUCAAAGUAGUCAAGAUUAACUCAACAUACACAAGAAGGGUUAUUAGUAGUGGGAAAGUACACUUAAGCCUCAGGGUUGGGGUCAAUGCAAUGUCAAUUCAGGAAGCAAACUUGAAAAGCAUUGAGAAAAAUUGGAAUUUAAAUGUAUUUCCUGACCGAAUUUAAAUGAAAUUGACCCCAACCCUGAUAAGCCUAUAACACCAUGUGAAAAGUUGCCCCUAAGCACAGAUCUAGGAUCAGAUUAACUCCAGCCUUAACCAAUUUAGGAGGAUGGUAAAUAUAUCUGACCCUCAUGUAUCUGACCCAGAUGCCUGACUCCAGAUCAGUGGUUAGGGGCAACUUCUACCUACUCCAUGUUAUCCCAGCUGAGUGUUGUUGUUAUGGUCUCCACUAGGCUCUGUACCAGAGUUUUGUGCUGGAAGACAACAGGAACAUCCUGGCCAUCCUGGAGGAUCUGCCGUCCUUGCGGCCUCCCAUCGACCACCUGUGUGAACUCAUGCCCCGCUUGCAGGCCCGCUACUACUCCAUUGCCUCCUCCUCCAAGGUGAACCUAUAUACAGGGGUGUAUCCAUGCAGUGUAGCAAAACGUUUUGCAACAGAAAAACUAAAACAGGCGUUUCUUUCGUAUGGUUUCUAGUGAAUAUACCCCAGUACAUCACCCCUAAUGACCCCACACCCUAACUUCUAUGUCAAUACAUGUAUUUUUCAUGUUACAUUUACAGUAGUUAUUUAGCAGACGCUGUCAUCCACUAGAAAUAUAUUCAGAUAAUGUGAAAUGACCAAAUUUUAUUGAAGGCCCAGUGUAGUCAAAAACAUGAUUUUCCUGUGUUUUAUGUGUAUUUAUACUCUGAGGUUAGAGUAAUACUUAGAAAUUGUGAUAAUGCCCUUUUUUAGUGUUUUUUUGUAUGGCGUUCCAUGGUGACAUCACCAUCCGGUAAAUUAGUUAAUAGGCCAAUAAGAAAGAGUUCCAAACCUCUGCCAAUAACAGAAAAUGUACAGUUGCUCCUUCCCACUCAAACCACUCCCAGACAGUCCUAGCAAAAUUCUUGCUAGAAAAAUUCCUCUUUGCUAAGAAGCUAUUUUUGUUUCAUUUUAAUUGAAAACAAUCACAGUAAGGUACUUAAUUGUUACCCAGAGAUUAUUUCAUAUUGAAAUAAAAACAGCUGCAUUGGAUCUUUAAGCGUCCAUUGUAGGUCAACCUGCAAUAGUGUGAUUUAAAAAGAGUGGUUAAUGAUUCAUUCUCUUUGUAGGUCCACCCCAAUAGCAUCCACAUCUGUGCUGUGCUGGUGGAAUACACAACUAAAACCGGGCGCCUCACCAAGGGAGUGGCCACCACCUGGCUGAAGAACAAACUGGUUGCGGACAACGGCCACAAGUCCACGGUGCCCAUGUACAUCCGCAAGUCCCAGUUCCGCCUGCCCUUCAAGGCCAGCAACCCAGUCAUCAUGGUCGGUCCUGGGACCGGCAUCGCUCCCUUCAUGGGCUUCAUCCAGGAGCGAGGGUGGCUCAAAGAGCAAGGUACAUGGUAGACACUGUAAUAGAAGCUAGCCAUAGAUGAAUGGCAGUGUUUGAGCAUGUGUUGAUUUCCUGAUUUUUGUUAUCCUGCAUAGUCUUUUUUUUUAGGAGUUGUCAUGUUCUGUGUCACACUGACUAAAAUAAAGCACCUUAACUGUCUUGUAUGGAUACAAGUAAGCCAAUUGGUCUGCUUUUUCCUGUAGGCAAGGAGGUGGGGGAGACGGUCUUGUACUUUGGCUGCAGGCACAAGAACGAGGACUAUCUGUACCAGGAGGAGUUGGAGGAGGCUGAGAAGACAGGUGUGAUCACGAAGCUCAACGUGGCUUUCUCUCGGGACCAGGACCAAAAGGUAUUGUUUUAUUAGUUAUUCAGCACUAGGACCUUAAACUAUUAUUAAAAAUAUGAAUAUGACAUAUUUAUUGAAUAGAUAACAAUAUGGUGGUAUAUGGCUAUCUGAGCUUACACACCCUGCAGUUGGGACACCAAGACAAGAUUGUAAUCAUUAUCAUAUUUCCAUAGCGUUCUUGAGUGUUGCCAAUCAUGGUUGUUGGUAAUAUAGACCGGUAUCUAUACUUGUCUGAUUCUGUACCAUUCAGUGUACUAUUAGUGGGGACGGUCAACACAUACUCCACACAGAGUCCUAGGCUAGCCCUCAGAGGAUACCUGAGGGAUUGAGUUUGUGCUGCCUCAUCUCAUAAAGAAAGACGAACACGUUUCCUUGCAAGGUCUGUUUUUUGUUUGUGUGGAGAAGACUGGAAGCUCAAGAGGAUGGUGUAGUAGCUCUCUCCGUUUCCUCUCACCGUCCCUCCAGGUGUACGUGCAGCAUCUCCUGAGGACCAACAAGGAGGACCUGUGGAGGCAGAUCCACACAGACAACGCACACAUAUACAUCUGCGGGUAAGGAAGGAUCUUCUCCAGUAACAUUUGUACCUUGGCGAUAAAAUUGAUUGAAAUUGAAUUUACAUAUUUAUUGAAAGCACUCCCGAAUUCACAAAAUCCUCAAACAAGGGUUAAAAGACAAAUGUCUUAUAGAGAAAUGCUCCUGUUUUUAGGGAUGCGCGGAACAUGGCCAGGGAUGUGCAGACAGCUUUCUAUGAGAUAGCAGAGGAGCUGGGAGGCAUGACACGCACUCAAGCCACCGACUACAUCAAGAAACUGAUGACCAAGGGACGGUACUCGCUGGACGUCUGGAGCUAAAACACCUAGGCUCCAACCACAUCAUAUGUUUGUUUGUUUUUAGACUUGCAUUGUUAUUUGGGUCAGCAACGGUUAUAAUGGGUCACCAACCUUGGUACUAGAGAGCUACCGGGUGUGCUGGCUUUUGUUCCCGCCAAGCACUAAAACAUCGGAUUCUAUCGAUUGCCUUAUCAUCAUGACCUUGAUUAGUUGAGAUGGGUGUGUUUGUGCCAGGCUAGAAUAAAAACCUACAUACCCUGUAGCUCUCUGGGACCAGGAUUUGUGACCUCUGGGGAAGGAUAUCACUGCUGUCAUCUCUGGUUGUUUUUAUUCCAUUGAGCAACACAAGCCCUCACCAAUGCACCACAAUAAUGGUCGGUCAUCCUCCAUUCAGAUCAUUUAUUGAUAUUCUAUGUCAGUCGGCCAUCAGUUUGGCAGUGUCAAAUGUAAUAUCACAUUUGUUGACGACGUGAGUGAGAAGCUUCUAGUUUUUGCAUGAGAAAGAAUGUUUGAUAAUGAUAUACCGUAGCUGUACAUACUUGUACGGUGCAAAGUGAGGGGGUGGGCUUAAAUACAAAACUCAUACAGUGCAAGUAUUUUCUUUAGGAAGUUGACCUAAUCUGGGUAUUAGUGUAUUCAGAAUACAUUAUACAUAUUUUAGAUUUGUGAAAUAAGAAGUGUAAUCUUUUUGUCUACGAAAUCAGUAACUGAAAAUCUUAGUUACAGUGUUUGUUUACAGUACCUUUUGCAUUUGGAGAAGCGAUAUAGCGUUUUAUGCAAUGAUGUUAUUGUACAUUUCUAAUCAAUCACAGUAACCCGCUUAGCAAGGCAUGAAAAGUAUCAUGUUGCAAUUCAGUAGUAAACCCUCUAUUGAGGAGAAACUAUUAGCAUUUUUUCCCCCCACAAGACUGCCUUUUAAAUAUAUAAAUGAAAAUGAUUUUUAGGUUCCCUGUAGUAUUUGUAGACAUGAUGCAAGUAAGCAUCAAAGGGGGAUGGGUUAAUAAUAUGCAUAUUUUGACUUAAAUACUCUGCAUUAUCCAGUUUACAAUGAAACAAAAACUGAACACGUAC